AUGAAGCGACGCGCGAUGGCACUCGAGGCUACAGACGAAGUCCUUGACAAUGCCAAGCGGCCUUGUGUAAGUGGACACGAAUCGCAGGAAGCUACAAUGAUGGAGGAGGAUCAGUGGUCCUUUGAAGGCGUCGUCGGGUUGGACGAGGCUUUCGACAAGCUCGCCACAAGAUAUCCUCAAAGACCAGCUGUUGAGGACGAGUUUGGUUGUGCCUGGACGUACUUGGAUCUUCAGCAGGCGUCACUUCGUCUCGCAAAAGGCUUCCUGGAAAUGCUGCCGACAGGUGAUACACCGCCUGUUGUCGCUCUGUUGCUGCGCCGCAGCUGCUUGUGGGUCGCCAGCUGCCUUGCAGCCAGCCGUUUGGGCCCGGUGCUGGCUCUUAGCUGCGAUUUGGGCACCGAGGAAGAGGUGGUUCGCAGCAGAGAAGCGCUCGCCGAGCACAGGCCGAGGCUGCUGGUCCUCGAGCAUGCCGUGCGUGAUGCUGCUGCAGCGGCGCCGCUGCUAGAGUCUCACGCAAAUGGCGCAGCAUUGGUUUUCGCUGACACUUUGCACAGCAGACAGGUGGCUGCGUUCUAUGAGAGACCGCAGGCCUGGGGAUCCAGGCACUUGGACGAUGCACUGUGGCUGGUAUACACAGGUGGGACUACAGCAGCCUCGAAGUGUGUGGUGCAGACCCACAGAAUGGCCAUCCACGAGCUUCGGACAUAUCCAGACUUUGGUGUGAUGACCUGCGAGGACCGAAUCUUGCAUCAUACCUCCGCAUUCUGGGGCGCGACUUGUUUGGGUUUGUUUGAUCUGCCCUGGUCUUGUGGUGGCUGCCUAGUGAUUCUUGGGCGCCAUGGGCUCGCGGAGGUUGCGCAAGCUAUCGAGCAGCGUCAUAUCACCGUGGCAGGGCUUGUGCCUUCUCUUCUCGAUGCUCUGACCAUGUCACGCUGUACCUCCUUGCGCACAGUGUUCACCUGGGGAGAAGCGUUGCGGCCAUCGACGGCUGCAGCGUGGUGCAGCCAAGUCCAACUGCUGGACUUGCUAAUCGCGAGUGAGUACUGGCUUGUGCUUUGCGCCGACCACCGGCAGAGUCGGCAGAGCCUUGACGGCUUCCGGCCAGUGCGCGGGGCACGGCUCCAGCUGCUUUCGGCGCAGCAAGAGGAUACUGCCUCGCCGCAUCAUGUGUCACCAGGCGAGGUCGGAGAGCUUUACAUCGCCGGUCCCAUGGUCAGCGCGCAGGGCUACACCAAAGCUAUCCUGAACGAAGGUUCCUUUGUGGACCUGCCGGGUGCUGACGGCCAGCUCGUGCGCCACUACAGAACCCGGGAUCUGGCACGGUGGACGAGGGAUGGUGCUCUUGAGUAUUGUGGCCGCGCGGAUGGCUUCGCCAAGGUCGGCGGCAAGUGGCUAGAUCUUGCAUCAGUUGAGCGGAAGCUCCAGGAGGCCGGUUGCAAGGAAGCCGCAUUGCUUUGGGACGAGGAGUACAAGGUACGCCACGCCGUGGUGGUCCUUACUGAUGCGAAGCUGGAAUGCUCGCUGGCCGCGCAGGUGGCGCAGCUCGAGGCACAUCUUCCGCCACAGACAUGCCUGCACUUGCUGCAGAGCUUGCCAAAGCUCAAGGCGACGCCAUUCCCAUGCCAGACAUGGCUGAUGCCUUUGACACAACAUGCACAGCACCCUCUGGUUGCAAGCAUCUUCAACCACAAUGUGGCCAUCGGCACGUGCGAGCGGCAAUCGGAGUGGCAGCAAGCUUUACUUUUGCUGGCCGCGGUCCGUGGAGCUACGGCACAGGCAAAUACCUUCAGCUUCUGCCCAGCAAUCAGUGCGUGUGCGAAGGGCCGAAGAUGGGCUCAUGCACUGGCCCUUCUUGGACGACUUGGGGAGGAGACCCUGGAAGCGACCAUUGUGGCUUUCAAUUCGGCUGUGAGCGCAUGCGAGUGGAGGAUGGCCCUUGGUCUUCUGAACGUGUUGUCCAAAAGCGACCAGCAAGCAGAUGUUAUCUCGUACAACUCUGCGAUUUCAAAAAUUUCAGCAUCUUCCAAGAGUGCCUGGCAUCUGGCUUUACACCUCUUGGCCCGUAUGGCCAUGGGGCAUCUGCGUGUGAGCCUCGUCACCUGCAAUUCGAGCGUGUCCGCUGUUUCCGAAUGUUCUCAGUGGCAAUGGUCUCAGGCUUGCAUCAGUCAGCUUCUGCAUCAGCUCGUAGAGGCGGAUGUGAUAUCGUACAACGCAAGCAUCAUCGCCCUGGAGGGAUGGGAGGAAGCCGUCGAAGGGUUCACCAGGCUUCACGCGUGCAAAGUGCAAGCCAGCAUUGUCACUUACAACUCAGUCAUCACCAGCUGUCGCGAGCAUAGUCGCUGGCAUGAAGCGAUGGCUUUGAUGGAAGACAUUAGAGAAGCCUCAGUCACCCCAACUGUGGUUUCGUACGGUGCAGCCGUAAGUGCUUUUCAAUCCGGUGGCCAGUGGCAAGCGGCAUUGGCACUCUUGGAGGACAUGGCGAGGCAUGCUGUGCCAGCAAAUGUGAUCAUCUACGGUGCGGCCAUCAGCACGUGUGAAGAAGACGGAAACUGGCAGCAAGCGCUGGGCUUGCUGACAAUGAUCCAACAAGGAAGAUUGCAACUACCCGGCGCCGCGGAG